UUCCAAUUUUCAAUAUGCCUCCUAAAGGCAAACGAAACAGCCUUCUCACUGUGAGAAGUGGCAUCAUUAAAAAUCUAUCUUGGCUUUAUACUGAAUAUUUCAAUUUUAAAAUCAAUGAUGAUUUUCAAAAACUACUAGCAGUCAAAACUAAAUUGCUCAACUUUGAGCAGCGUUAUGAAGAGAUAAGCCUGGAAUUUGAUUCAGAUGACAUUGAUGACAAUGAACAUCAAAUUGUCACAGAAAAUUUUUUAAUGUUAAUUGCUAAUGUAAAUACAAUUUUGAAAAAUUAUGAUUCACAGCAGCAAGUUGCUACAUUUCAAGCACCGGCAAUGGAACAUCAGUCACCAAACUCCUCUCCAGUUCCCAAAUCACCGGGGUCUGUAGAUCAUAAUAGUGUAAUCAACACAAAUCAAUCGUCAUCUGCUUCAGUGACUGCUAAUAAUGUCAAUUCUCUGCCUUUGCAACCCACUAUGCCUAUUUAUCAAGGUCUACAAUUACCAAUGGUACCGUUACCAGAAUUUUCAGGUUCCUUUGAUUCAUGGCUUGAAUUCUGUGAUACCUUUUCCAAUAUGGUUAUUGAAAACCAAACUUUGGCUCCAGCUACAAAGCUGUAUUAUUUGCGCAAAGCUCUCAGUGGUGAAGCCCUUGCACGCAUUCAGAAUAUUCCUCCAGGGAAUGGAAACUUUGAGCUUUCAUGGAAUCUGCUUACACAGAGGUACAAUAACCCCAGAUUAAUUGCAAGUACCCACAUUCAAGGUAUUGAAUCACCCCCAGCACUCAAGAAAAAUUGUUCCAAAUUUCUUAGAGCUUUCAUUGAUCACUGUAAAUGUCACAUUAAUGCUUUAGAAGCGCUCAAAUUGGAUGUUCAAAUUAAAGAUUUACUUUACAUGCAAAAAAUCACUUCUCAACUUGACUCUAAUAUCUUGCGCGAAUGGGAAAAACGCAUUGAAAUAAAUGAAAUCCCUACUAUGGAUAAACUGUGGGAAUUUCUUGAAAAUCAAUGUAAGGUAAUGGAUGCUAUUUCAUCUCAUAGCCCCUCAAAUCCACCAACUAAUCAAAAGGUUUUUACUCAAGCUACUUCAAAUGCACCCAAUGUUAGGCAAAAUACUCGUCCUUUUGCUCAAAAUAAUACUCUGAAUAAUUUUCAGCCAUCAGUAUCCUGUCAAUUUUGCAAUGAUCGAUCUCAUGGGAUUUUCAAAUGUGUCAAUUUUUCAAAGAUUCCCAUCAAUCAACGUUAUGAUGCAAUCAAAAGGAAAGGAUUGUGUUUCAAUUGCCUUAAUCCUUACACUGACAAUAACAACUGCUCUUCAAAGAGAUGCCAAAAAUGUGAUAAGCGACAUCACACUGUUCUACAUGAUUCCUUUACUAGCAAUUCAGGAGCUGAAGUCUCCAAUCAGUUGGAAACCUUCUGGAAGCUGGAAGAAGUCUCUUCAGUUAUUCCUGUCUCUCCUGAGUGUGCUAGGGUUGAAGCACACUACAAAGAAAAUACCAUCAGGCAUGAAGAUGGUCGUUUCCAAGUGUCCUUACCUCGCAAGGAUUCAUUUGCCACCCUUGGUCAUUCAAGGACUCAAGCUAUGAAACGUUUCCAUUCAUUGGAAAAAAGAUUUCUUAAAGAACCUGAGCUCAAACCUCAAUAUGUUGAAUUUAUGCAGGAAUAUGAAGAUUUAGGUCACAUGCACCCUGUACCGCCACCAGCCCCUGAGGAACAAGUCUAUUAUAUUCCACAUCACGCUGUCUUCAAGCCCGACUCCACUACAACCAAAACAAGAGUUGUGUUUGAUGCUAGCGCCAAAACAUCAACCGGAAUUUCUGUCAAUGAUGUUAUCUUCAAGGGUCCUGUUGUUCAGUCAGACCUUUUUGACAUUGUCCUACGAUUUCGUAUGCGACCAUUUGCUUUCAUCGCAAUGAACAAGAUGUGGCUUGUAAAGCCAUGAAACCUGGUUCUGUAUAUAUUAUUUAUAAUAAUAAAAAGUGGUUGACAAUA